CUUCCUUGAAGCUCUUACUGGAACCGAAAGAUAAGCGAAAACUUUCACCAAUCGCCAACACGCCUUAUCAGCAGCCAACAAGGCGCCUCACAACCAAACCAAACCACGAUGCCGUCGUUCUUUGCGACGGCGCUGUCGAUUGAGUGUGUGGUCGGGGAGCUGGCGUCCACACGCACGUUCAGGCUCUUUGUGUCUUCGUCCUUCCUCGACUUUCAAACAGAGCGCAAAAUCCUGCACGAGAAGGUCUUUCCGAAGCUGAGGCGUGUGUGCGAGGCAAGAGGGCUGAUCCUGAAUGAGGUUGAUUUGCGGUGGGGCGUAAAGGCAGAUGCAUCGGGGCCCGAUGUCAUUGACACCUGCGUCAGCGAGGUGCUCCAGUGCACGCCUUACUUCAUCUGCUUCCUUGGCUCACGCUACGGAUGGUGCCCCACCAAGGAUGAGCUGGAGCAGGCCGCUGCUGUGUCCAACUUCGACCUGUCAUGGAUGCCGGAGCAUGCAGGAAACAGCAUCACCCACCUCGAGAUCCAGGCCGGUGUGCUGCGGCAGCCGGUGGACCAGCGCCGGGCGCUGUUUUAUAUCCGCGACAGCGACGACUGCCUCCCUGCACACGUGCGCAAGGAGUGCGAGCAGAGCGCCGCCAGCAACAACGCCGACGCCAUGACCACCCUCAAGACCAUUAUCGACCACACCGAGGGCGUCACCACGCGCCACUACACCGACCCAGACGCUGUUGCCGACACGAUCCUGAACGACCUGCUGGCGAUUGUGGAGCGCGACUUCCCACUGCACGUGUUCAGCGACCAGUUUGAGGAGGAGGAUUUCUCCCACGCCGCGUUUGGGCGGGCGCGACUUGCCACCUUCGUGCUGACGCCACCGCUGCAGACGUUUGUGCAACGCGUGCUCGCCACCGCCGACGAACAGCCCGUGCUCGUGCGCGGACCGUCGGGCGCUGGCAAGUCGUCGCUCAUGUCCCAUAUCGUGCACGACCUCUCCCGCCGCAAAGACACCCGAUGCCACUUCCACUUUAUCGGCCAAACCACGCAGAGUGGACACUACAUCAACGUGCUGCAGCGGCUGCUUCACCGCCUGCGCGUGUGGGCCGGCGGUGCUGUGACACAGGACAUGCCCCACAGCCCCAACAAGAUGAUGGAGGCCCUCCCAUCCUGGCUUGCAGCCGCUUCAGAGGCUCUCAAGGGACAGACGGUGUACAUUGUGCUCGAUGCGCUGAAUCAGCUGCAGCAGGUUGAUCGUGCCACCUCCCUCCACUGGCUCCCACAGGUGUGGCCGGAGAACUUCCGUGUGAUUGCGACGGCGACGAGCGAGGUGGCGUGGUCGCAUGCCGUGCUGGAGGUGCCGACAAUGGACGCACGCCAACGCGAACUGCUUAUCGCAUCGUACCUCUCCACUUACGGCAAGGACAUGGCACAGGCCCAGCGCAACAAGCUGAUUGAGGCGUCGCACGUGUCAACUCCGAUGCACUUGACGCUGCUGCUCGACGAACUCCGAAUCAUCGGGUCGUUCAACCGGUUGGAUGAGCAGAUUGACACGCUUCUCGCUGCCAAAGACAUCCAUGAGCUGCUGGGCGUGACAUUUGCCCGCUGGGAAGAGUCCUUUGCGCGCCUCGCUGCCCCCAAACAGUGGACGUUUGUGCCCCUCCCCGGCGAACCGGCGCCGCCGUCCAGUGUCCGCUGGAACCUGGUAGAGGCCGCGCUCAUCCUGCUGCGAGCGUCACGGCAAGGACUACAGGAGGCGGAGCUCCUGGCGCUGCUGGGCGUCGAGCGGGCGCGCGUUGGCCAUUUCCUCCACGCGUUGGAGGAGAUUGUGCAAUCGCAGUCUGGCCUGCUCAUCUUCUCCCACUCCUCCAUUGAGCGGUCCAUCGACGCAACGUUCAUGAAGCGCCACCCGCCCGCGUACGCCCACGCCACGCUCGCCGCAUUCUUCUCGCAGCUGCCGGACGACAACGCGCGUAAGCACGAGGAGCUGCCACACCACCUGCUCGCCCUCCGCGCCACGGCCACGCUGGCGGACUUUCUGUCCACCUACACCGUCUUCAGCACCAUGAUUGCGUCAGACUUCUCGCGGCUGGAGCUGUCCUUCUUCUGGCGGCAGAUGGGCACGGACCAGGCGUGCGACCGCUACAAGCGCAUGCUGGAGGGCCGCAUGAACCUCCUCGCUCGCGGCGCCACCACCAGCAUGGCCCGGCGAAGCAACGCCAUCGCAGGUGCACACGUGUCCGACCCACCAGGCACAGCAGCAGGAGCAACAACCGCUGCCAGUGCUGCUGGUGCCACCACCCCUCACCGACCAGCCACAUCCCCAGCACCCCAAUCACCAUCAUCAUCGUCGUCGUCGUCGCGGCCACUGCCGCGUCGCGCGUAUCUUGCACGUGCACUGUCACAGGACGCUAGCGCCACCCUUGAGGACACAACCAAACGGCGCGUGAUUGCGGCGUUUGAAAUCGCCGCCGUCGCCCGCUGCCUGCACGAGUGGGCAGAGUACACGGACGCGCAGCGGCUGUUUGUGUGGGCGCUGGCCACGUGUCUGUAUGGCAUGCAGCCCAUGCUCAUGGCGGCGUCAAAGUCCGUCAAGUCGAUGGUGGACGCACUCAACGCGCGCAUUGACGCGCUGCAGGCGCGAAUGGAGCAGGAGAACGAAGGCGGUGGCGAUACCGGUGACAGUCACGGCAAACCGUUGUCUUCAUCAUCAUCAUCAUCGUCGUCAUCAUCAUCAUCAUCGUCAUCGUCGAAGCUGCGACACGACCGCAGCCUGAUGCCACUGCUGCGCGUGUUCUCAAGCACCACCAGUGGCAAAGGUGGCAGGGGCGGUGGUCGUGCUGCCCACAAGGGUCAGGCACCACCUGCGCUGUCAAAGUUAACCAACACACCGCUACCGCCGCCAUCAUCAUCGUCCCUAACCGACAUUGUCAAGCGGAGCGAACACCAACACCAACAGCACGCCAAGUCAGGCCGUGAUGAUGUCGAUGCUAGCAGCAGUAGUGACGGUGGAUCAGCACCAAAGCAAGCCCCGCACUCCACCACAACAACAACGAUGGCAUCAACAGCAACAUCAACAACGACAACACCAACAACAGCAGCAACGCCAGCAACAGAGGUCACGUCUGCGGCCAGUGCAGCGGAGGCGACCGGCACGAAGCGACCGAGGGAGAGCCUGCACGACCGCAACUCAAUCCAGGCGGCGACAACGCAGCUGUUUGAGGAGUACGGCACAGACACGGAGGAGGCACUGCUGAUGACGGCAGCGAGUGUGGUCGACCGUCUCGCCCGCCUGCUCAUGCACAAGAGCGAGAGCAUGCAGGCCAUCAUGCUGUUUCGCGCGUCGCUGCGGCUGCGGCUGCUGCUGCAGGGCGUGAACCACAAGGCGACGUCUGAUGUGCUGGGCGACCUUGCGUGGCUGGCCAUUGUGCGCAAGAAGUACAAGCACGCGGACGGGGCUGUUGCGCUGCUGAAACACGGCAUCUUCGCCAAGACGCAGCGGUUGCGCGAGAGGGACGCGCUGGAGGUGGAGGUGACGCCCGAUCACCACCUGGGCGCAGACUGGAUGCAGCUGUUUGCAGCCAUUCGCAAGUGCUGUGCGGAGGGCAGCGCGCUCGGUGUGCUGGACCACUACCUGCCGGCACUCAUCAACCGCCUCGCUGUUGCCAUCACGUCUCUCAACCAGCACGAUGUCGCUGAGCAGCUGUACGACUGCUCCAUACAGGCACACGAGGCCAUGUUUGGCAAGAAGCACCCCUCGGUCGCCACCGUGUGCGGGGACAUUGGCUCGCUGUGCGUGCGCAAGAUGCAGAUGCUGAAGCGGCGCAUGCGGCGGGAGAAGAAGCAAGCCGAUGAAAAUGGAAGCAAUGAAAGUGGUCGUGGUCGUGACCGUGGUCGUGGUGGAGCGAAGAAGGACCACCAGGGCAACAGGAAACACCACAACGGUACCGGUAGUGGUGGUGGUGGUGGUGACGAUGAUGAUGGUGGUGGGUGGCUGCAAGUCACAGGCAAGCGCACGGUGCUUCGCAGCCCCGAUGAGCGGUACCACAGUGCCAGUCGCGGCCGCGGUCAACGCCAGCAGCACGCUCGCAGCGACAAAACCACGCUGUCGCCAUCGCCAGCGCGACACCCAGCAUCAACAUCACCAUCGUCAGCAUCACCAUCGUCAUCAGCUACAGCGACGGCAACAGGGACCGGGAGCGGGCCCGUGUCCCGCAACACGUCGUCUGCGAUUGGGCUGGAGUCAUUGAACACGAUGGAGGCUUUGGAGGAGCGAGCGCUGCAGUGGUUUGAGCGCAGCAUCGCCAUCCGCGCCGGAACACUGGGCCGCAAGCACCCGUUCUACGCGUCGUCGCUCUUCCAGAAGGCAGAGUGCCUCAUGCACUCGCCGCACUGGAGGGACGCGGGCGGUGUGCUGGAGCAAGCGGUGGCCAUUCGCACAGCUGCGCUUGGAGAGGACAACAAGCAGACGGCGGCAGCACGACGGCGACUCAAGCAGUGGCGCCAGUGGAUGCAGGAGGAGCGCCAGGAGCAGGGGCAGGAGGGCGAUGCAGACGACCAGGAAUGAUCGAUGAUGUGUAUGGUUGAGCGCUGUGUGUGUGUUGUGUGUGUGUUGUGUAUGUGUUGUGUGAUGUGUGUUGUGUGUGUGUGUGUUGUGUGAUGUGUGUACGUGUGUGUGAUGUGUGUGUGUACGUGUGAAGGGACGGAUGUUCUGUUUGGUUGCUGCUGUUGAAGUUGGUACCAUAGCUGAGUCACGUUUGUGUGCGUGAGGGUUUAUUGGCACAACGUCGGUAAAAUGCUGC